UUCAACCCCCUUCACAUCCAUGAAAAUGACCAAUCAUUUUCUUCUAGUUAUCACCAUCACCACCACCGUAUUAUUCACCGAAACCGCCGUUGCCGCCGCCACAUACAAUGUGGACAAACUGGGGGCAAAACCAGACGGUAAAACCGACUCGACCAAGGCCUUUAUGGCUGCAUGGUCACGUGCAUGUGGCUCGGAGAAGCCCGCCAUUAUGUACGUUCCUAAAGGAACGUACAUGGUUGGCGGGAUGUUGUUCUCCGGGCCAUGCAAGAACGGUAAUGUUACCGUUCAGAUCGACGGCGCCCUAAAGGCGCCGUCGAACUAUUCUGUACUGGCUAAAGCUCAGUCGUGGCUGCUGUUACAACAUGUUCAAGGGGUGAACAUCGUGGGUGGUGUUAUGGAUGCGAAUGGUGCCGGUUUGUGGGAUUGUAAAUCGUCUGGUUCGAAAAACUGCCCUGAUGGAGCCACGACUUUAUCAAUUUUCAACUCAAAGAAUGUUAAUGUGUAUGGUUUAACUUCAGUCAACAGUCAAAUGUUUCACAUUGUGGUGAACGGUUGCCGAGACGUGAGAGUGGUGGGGGUAACCGUUGAGGCACCGUGGAACAGCCCCAACACCGACGGCAUCCACGUCCAGUUGUCCACCCGAGUCACCAUCUUGGACUCCAAGAUCAGCACCGGGGAUGACUGUGUCUCCAUCGGUCCCGGUGCUACCAAUUUAUGGAUCGAAAACGUCGGUUGCGGUCCCGGCCAUGGCAUUAGCAUUGGAAGUUUAGGUAAGGAUUUUGACGAACAGGGUGUGAAAAACGUGACAGUGAAAAGGGUUAACUUUAAGAACACCGACAACGGUUUUAGGAUCAAGUCAUGGGCGCGAUCAAGCAAGGGAUUCGUUGACGGCGUUUUGUUCCAGAACGCCGUCAUGACUAACGUCCAGAACCCGAUUAUUAUCGACCAAAAUUACUGUCCUAGUCACAAGAACUGUCCCAAAGAGGUUUCCGGCGUGAAAAUAAGCCACGUGAAGUAUCAAGACAUCCAUGGGACAUCAGCGACGGAAGUGGCGGUGAAGUUUGAUUGCAGCAAGAAGUAUCCAUGUAAGGGAAUCAAGAUGCAAGAUGUGAAUUUAAGCUUCACGAAACAAGCUCCGGCGUCUGCGUAUUGCGCUAACGCCGGAGGAACGUGUUCUGGGGUCAUGAAACCCACAAGUUGUUUGUAAGGGUGAGUUAGUUGCCAGAGCCCGUGGCUGGAAUUUUGUAUUUGAACAUUCGCCUGGCUUAGCAUUUUGAGAUUUUCAUUGAUUAUUUAGUUGUAGGAUUUAUUGGGAGUGAUUGAUAUUGUUCUAAUUGGAAUUUUUGUAUAUUUUUUUAGUUCAUUUGUCUAUUUAACCAAUUGGAGUGAUGGUCAAAUUGGAAUC